AUGGCGCAGGACUCGCGAUCGAACCCCUCUUUCGUCCUCAAGGCAAUCCAGCAGGUGGCAAUUGAGGAUAUUCCAAUUCCAGAGAUCACCGAUCCGUACGAUGUGAUAGUUCAUAUUGGACAGACUGGAAUCUGCGGGUCCGAUAUUCACUAUUGGCAACGAGGCAGGAUCGGUGAUUUCAUUCUCAACUCUCCCAUUGUUCUUGGUCAUGAGUCUGCCGGUCGGAUUGUCUCGGUGGGAAAAGCUGUCAAGAGUUUGAAAGCUGGUGAUAUGGUGGCGAUAGAACCUGGAGUUCCGUGCCGUCACUGCAACUACUGCCGUUCAGGUUCAUACAAUCUUUGUCCAGACACCGUCUUCGCUGCGACACCUCCGCACAACGGGACGCUUUCUCGGUUCUACAAGACAUCAGCAGACUUCUGCUAUCGCCUACCCGAUCAUCUAAACCUCGAAGAUGGCGCACUCUGCGAACCAGUGGCAUGCGCAGUUCAAAUCUGCCGAGUCGGCCUGGUAAGAGGGGGACAAAACGUCGUUGUCUUCGGCUGCGGCCCUAUCGGUCUCCUUGUCCAAAGUGUCGCCAAAGCGUUUGGCGCAAGAUACGUUCUUGGGGUCGACAUCAAUAAAGGCCGUUUAGAAAUGGCCAAGAGUGUGAUGAAGAGCGCAGACGACGUUUUUGAACCGCCUCAAGCGCCAGCCGGUCUGAGUCAAGAUGAAGAGAUGGAGUUCCAUGCUAAGGUUGCCGCUCUCAUCAAGGAAGAAUUCAACUUAGGCGACGGACCGGACGUGGUAAUUGAUGCCACAGGAGCUCAAAGCUGCCUGCAGAUCGGUGUCCAACUCUGCAAGAAGGGAGGCAUGUACGUUCAAGCCGGCAUGGGCAAAGAGAACGCCGUUUUCCCGAUCAUGACCGCCUGUAUCCGGGAUUUGACCAUUCGAGGCUCAAUCAGGUACGUUGCUGGCGUAUACCCGACUGCCAUCGACCUGGUCGCCAGUGGGAAGGUCCAGCCGCAAAAGCUGGUGACCCAUCGAUUUCCGUUCGAAAAGGCCGAAGAAGCGUUCGAAACUGUAAAAAAGGGAGGCGAAGGCGUUAUGAAGGUCCUGAUAGAGGGUGUCCAUAAUUAG